AUGCAUUCGAUAGUCUCGAGGCUCUCUUUUCAUAUUUCUCUGACUCCGUCAAAUCGUUUCUGUAGAGUACAAUUAUGGAUGCCCAAGAUAGGAACGAAGACAAAAAGAUCUUCGUUGGUGGUAUUGCGUACGAUGUGCUCAACGAAGAUCUCACCAAUCAUUUCCAACAGUUUGGAGAGGGGCUUUGCCUUCGUCGAAUUUGCAACAGGAGAGGGUUGCAAGGCAGCGCUUGCUGCUAGGGAGCAGACGAUCAAGAACAAGCAGGUAGAAGUAAAGCCGGCUAAGUCACGAGAGAACAAGAAAGUGUUUGUUGGUGGCUUACCAUCUGACUACAACGAAGGCGAACUCCGAACGCACUUCGAACAGUUCGGAAAGGUCGAAGACAUCGAAUGGCCUUUCGACAAGCAGACCAAGAUGCGCCGUAAUUUCGCAUUCAUUGUCUUCGAAGAGGAAGAGGCUGCCGAUAAGGCAUCCGCCCAGGCGAAGCAAACCUUCGGCAAUCGCGAAUGCGACGUUAAAAAAGCUGUCCCUCAAGGAAAGCGAUUUGCCGCCAUGGGAGGUCGUGGUAACGGCAUGAGGCCGUAUGGAGGUCGAGGUGGCGUCAAUGGAGGAGCGGCUUGGUAUGGAGCCUGGGGACAAAUGGGAAUGCCGUACGGAGCUGGGGCCGCAUGGGGAGAUUGGUACGGAGCAGCCAACUCUUUCUAUGGUCAACAGAACGGAUCGGCCGCUUACGGGAAUGCUUACGGUGCAGGAGGAGCUGGAUACGAUUCCUACCAGCAAGGUGGUGCUCGUCAAAAUGGCAACGCAAGCGGGCAACGUUAUCAACAGGCUGCACAGCAGCAGCAAUAUUGAACUCGAACACUGAUCAUCUCUUCAGAAUACAAGAAAAAUCAUAAAAUUUAGUCCUCUAAGUCCAACAUGCGGUUUUAAUUGUCUCAUGGCAAAUGACUAAUCCAAUCACCACUGACGAAUAUAAAGUCGGUUUUCUAGAAAUGCCCAUAGUUCCUGUCAAUCAAUCCUCCCCUUAUAAGCGUUGCGAAUGUGAGCACGAAGCGAAGCAUCUAUCCUUUUUGUAGCGUGAAAGUUAGUCAUUUUCCUCAGUUUGUUGUCUACGCUCCACGUUGCAAAUGCUCCCUUGUACAUAAUUGCAUAUCGCACCAAGCUCCAAGAAGACAUAACUGUAUUUCUAAGGUACCAUCAUCAUUCAUGUAAGGCAGUCCUUCAACCAGUUUCUGCCCGGAGUUCAGUGUUCUCAUAACAUCUCCUCAUAUGCUCUUAUGUCAGUAAGGCCACUAAAUUGUUUCCCUUUCCGUUCCUACACUCGUACGAUACACUGGCUAGUGAGUCUGCCGUUCCCUUCUCAUUCAAUUCAAUUCCUCUCUGCUCCCCAUUGGAGGACGCUAAGUACUGCCGCCGCUACCUUUCUUUUCUGUGUUUUGUCUCGCUCUACGAACUCCUCUGAUUUUGUUGUUGCGACUCAGCGCGCCGUCGCCGGCGAUUGUUCUCUUUAUUCUGUUUGUAAUGACUGCCCCAUGACCACGUGCACGAUUCGACACUUCCUAGUCGAGUGUUCGGAUCGUAAGCGAUCGUGGCAUUGUUAUGAACUGCUGUUAUCCGUUAUACCUGGUGGUCAGGCACAUAAUCUCAAUGUUGUUGUCGUUUGCCGCUUGUUGAUUGAGCUUGU